AUUUCUCUACAGCAAAUUGUAGAGAUUCAUGAUCAUGGAGAAGCUCCAGUCUCUGAAGUCCUCCCUGCUGCUGAGGAGGGCGUCCUCCAACCUCAGGACGUCCACACUCCAGCUAGCUCCUCUGAAGAUGAUGAAGCGGAGGAGCCGGAGAACAACCACAUUUUCUGGCGAUAUGAAUUUGGCUCCAAGCUGGGUGAAGGAAGCAACAGCCACGUACAUGCAGGGACUCGCUGCAAGGAUGGCCUUAAGGUGGCUGUGAAAAUUGCUGAAAAGACUCCAAAUAUGCCAUAUUUAAGAGUUCCUGGUCAUCCCAAACACCUUCCCAUGGAGAUCGGCCUGACACUCAUGGCUAAUAAGGGCCCCCGUGUUCCACAGAUAAUUAAGCUGCUGGACUGGCAGGAUGACCCGGACCACUAUGUCAUGGUCUUUGAGCGGCCCGUGCCAAGCAUGAGCAUGUUUAGUUUUGUGAAGCUCCAACGAAGGCUCAAUGAAGAGAUGGCACGAAAUGUUAUGUCUCAGGUCAUUCAUGCCUCUAAGAUUUGCUGCGAGCGUGGAGUCUUCCAUCGAGAUAUAAAACUGGAGAACCUCAUAGUGAACCCCGACACGUUGGAGGUCAAGUUGAUCGACUUCGGGUGCGGCACGCUCAUGAAGGAUUCUGCCUACGUGGCCUUCAAUGGCACAGAAAUUUUCUGUCCACCGGAGUUUGAUGUCGACGGCAGGUACCAUGCAAAGCCGGCGACAGUUUGGUCAUUGGGGAUCCUGCUGUUUGUGAUGGUGUGCGGGUAUUUUCCAGAAGACAAAGACCUGCACAUGAUCAGUAAGAACGUUCAGUCCAACCCUGACCUGUCAAAAGAGUGCUGCCAGAUGAUUUGCUCUUGCCUGCAGCAUGAUCCACAGCAGAGACUUAUUCUGGAGGAGAUGCUGCUUCAUGACUGGUUUAUGGUACUAAGAGUCUAAGAUUUGCUAAAUGUUUUUCUUCUCUUCUUCUUCUUCUUCAUACAAUCAUUUUAAACAUUUAAAAGUCAAGUUUGCUCUAAAUGUAAGGUAUUUUGAUUAAUAACACUGAUUUAUGUUUCAGGUUCUGUAAGACAUGGGAAACAACCAAAAACGACUCCCCUGUCAGGACCACUGUGUUGUUUUCUGUCUCCAGUCAGCUUUGUGUCCAGCAGACUGACAUGAGUGGCCUUUCCAUCCCUUGAAGCAGCAUUAUUUAUGUUUAUCAUUUGUUUUAGUUAUUUGUAUUGAGUAUUAAGAAUCAUUUUUAUAAGAAAAAAGUAUUAAAAUAUUAAGUAUUAAUAAUAAAUUUGUGUUAAGAUAUUGUCAUGGUUGGUAAAACCGUCGUCUCUGUUGAUCAC